CCCAUUCCUUACGUCCCACUGCCGUUCCCCCGCCUCAGGCCCUCCUCCUCCUCCUCCUCCACCUCCCGUGCGGUUGCUGCGGGAGUGGGUCGGGAGUGGUGCCACAGCUACGACCUGAGCAAGCAGCUGGGGGAGCAGGGGCUGGUGGCGAGGGGAGGCGCACUGGAGCUGCUGGAUUGCUCCUGCUCCUCCACCUCCACAUUCACCUCCUUGCCCCUUUCCGGCGGCUCCCCAUCAGCAACCCCUUCCCCGCUAUCCCGGCCAUCACCGUCACCACCACCACCUUGCCGGGGGCCCUACGACACCGCUGACGCACAUGCAGCUGGCUUCCUGGCCUCCCUCACACCGGGGGGCGCGGGGGCUCCUGCUGCUGCUGCUGGGGGUGUUGGCCGGCUGGUUAUCGAGUCCGCAGGGAGCCUGGCUUGGGCGAGAGCAGCAGCUGCGACAGCAGCAGGUGGCGGUGGUGAUAGGGAGGGCCAGCAGGACAUGGAGCGGCUGUCGGAGCAGGGCCUUAUGCGGCUGCUGUACAAUGUACGGCAAAGGGUGCAGCAGAGCAAGUGUGCCGUACUGGUCACAGUGCCUGCAGGCCUGCUGAGCCCCGGCUGCUCCCGGCGUCUGCCCCACCUGGCUGACAGCGUGUGGCAGCUGGAGGGGCUGGCGGACGACUCGCAGCUGCACCGCCUGCUGCCCGACCCAAACAG